AUGUCGGAGAUUGCGAUCGGACAGGAUAGGAAGUCUGUGCUGGGACUGGUGGACGGAGCGGCUCAGACUGCGAUCUCAAUCAAGGGAUCUAUACCGCCCACAAUAGACGGCAGCGAAGUCAGCACCACCCGCGAGCCCUUUGGGCCUGUCCUUAGUAUUCCAGCCUUCAACUUCCCCAUGACACUGGCUAUGCGAUCAAUCGUCGACCCUUUGGCUUGUGGCAACACAGUCAUCUUCAAGACCUCGCGGUAUAUCCCCCAAAUCCACGCCCUCCUACACCCCCUCUUUGCGGAUGCCGGUCUCCCGGCUGGUGCACUGCAAAUACUGCAUUACUCGGACGAGCACGUUGCUGAGCGGGUGGAGCAGAUGAUUGCUCAUCCUGAUGUCCGGAUGGUCAAUUUCACGGGAUCGACCAAUCUCGGACGAAUACUGGCUGCUCAGUGUGGCAAACACCUCAAACCCUCCAUCAUGGAGCUAGGGGGUAAAUCGGCUGCUAUCGUUCUGGAAUCCGCAGACCUCAAAGUCGCAGCCAAUAAUAUCCUCUUUGGCGCACUCUUCAACUCGGGGCAAGUGUGCAUGUCGACAGAGCGCGUACUGGUACAGGAGUCGAUCAUGCCGGCGCUGGAGGCUGAGCUGCUCUCGCAGUGGGGCGAAGUCAAGGACAAAUCUUUUGACGUCGUCAGAGCGGACUCGAUCAGGGAGGUCGAGGGUUUGGUGCAAGAGGCGAUCGAUCAGGGCGCCAAGCGGAUCACUCCCUCACCCUCUACCGCACACGCCGCCACCCCAUCAAUCAUCUCCAAUCCCCCUCCGGUCUCCUCCAUCUGGUCGACCGAGACCUUCUCCCCCACCCUCACCCUCACCUCCUACUCUUCCCAGACAGACCUCCUCGAAAAGCUCAACUCGGUACAUACCGGCCUCUCCGCGUCCAUCUUUGGCGAUACUGCAUCAGCGGUGGCAUUAGCGAAACAUGUCGAUUGUGGCGCGGUACAUGUGAAUGGGAUGACGGUACAUGAUGAGGCGACGUUGCCGUUUGGGGGUGUGCGGGAGAGUGGGUGGGGGCGCUUCAAUGGACAAGGGGCGAUUGAGGGGUUUACGUGGGUUAAGAAUGUGAGGGUGGUGAAGGACCCGCAUGGGCUGCCGUUGGGGGCGUUGUAG